UGAAUGAGUUUUCUGUUAAUAAUAACCUGUUGAGAGCACAAUUUAAAGGAACUAUACCAGUUCACACGUUGCUGGGCACCUUACUGAAUCCCUUCAGCCACUGGGAGUCCCUGAUGGUGUGUUUUCGAGCCAGCAUCGUGUGGUUUGGUGUGGUAAGCAUGUUUUCCUCAAACGAUCUUCGCGGAUCCGCCCAGGAAGUGGAAGAGAGAGCAGCGAGCAGAGUCUGACUCUCACGACUUGUUAGAAACUUUUCUAUUGAUCACUUUUUAACGUCAACUUUCGGUCUUCUUCUGGGUCGUGUUUGCACACUUUGCCCCUCACGACGGGAUAAACUCGUUUCUGUCAUGGACGUUGACGCUUCGCUUGGUUAACAUGGGGAUGAAUGGCGGGGCUUUAUCUCUGUUCACAGAAAGCAAAGUUUUCCCCGGAGAGACUCCUCUUCUUCUUCUUCUUCUUCUUCUUCUUCCUCUUCUUCGUUAAGUCGUCAAACUGACAGUAAAAAGGAUUUUUAUUUAAGGAGGUAACGGUACUUUUCUUUUGUCUUUUUUUAUUUUUUAAACCUCCCUGGAUCCUGUUAUCAUGACGCCUGACCUACUAAACUUUAAGAAGGGAUGGAUGUCCAAGCUGGAUGAGAGCGGCGAGUGGAAGAAGCACUGGUUUGUUCUGACUGAUGCUGGAUUGAAGUACUACAGAGACUCGAGUGCAGAGGAGAAAGACGACCUGGACGGAGAGAUUGACCUGAAGUCAUGUGUGAAGGUGUCUGAGUUUGAUGUGGAGAAGAACUACGGCUUUCAGAUACAGACGCAGGAAGCUGCUUUCACACUGUCGGCCAUGACGGCUGGGAUCAGGAGGAACUGGAUCGAGGUUUUAAAGAAGAGCAUCCGGCCCAGCAGCUCUCCGGACCUCACACAGUUACCCGACAGCAGCAGCGACAAAGAAAACUCCCACUCUCGCUUCCUGCAGUCGUCCCGCCGCCCUUCAUCCCGUCACGCCGACGCUCCAUCAGAAGCUCCGACCUCGGCUCCUCCUGCUCAGCGCAGGUUUGAAUACGUCGAGCUGUCCCCUGUUCCCGCCUCGCCCGGCUCUCUCCCGACCAAUCAGAGAGAAGCAGGAGAGGGGCAGGGGAGGGAGCACGGCCAGUGGCAGGAGGACAGGAACAACAGCCAAUGGGAGGCCGUGCUGUCCAGGAAGGGCACAGGGGGCGGGUCCAACCAGAGGCUACGAACGGAGGAGGAUAUAGAGAAGAAGUGGGCGGAGUUUGAACGCAUGCCGUUAAAGGAGAUGAGCUCUUUACUGCCAGCAGGAUCACGGUCUGUGAGCCAGUCAGCCAAUGAGGCGCUGCAGAGGGAGGUGGCGUCACUGAGGCAGCAGCUGGAGCAACUACAAGGAGGAGGGGGGAGGAGGAGUGAGGGGGGCUGCGGCCCUGAGGCUGCCUGUGGACGCAGCCUGGCAGCGAUGGAGCGUGCACAUCGACACGCUCUGGAGGAGCUGCAGAGGCAACACGAGCGUCAAAUCAGAGAGCUGGAGACGGAGAAGGAGAGGCUGCUGCUGGAGGAGACGCAGGACAUCGCACGAGUGAUGGAGGCUUUGAAGAAGAAACACAAAGAGGAGCUGGAGAGAGAGGUGGAGAAGUCCAAGAGGCUGAACAGCGGGGCGCCAGAUUCACAGACUUUGAGAGUCCAACAGAAGGCAGAGUCUCAGGCCUUGCAGAGAGAGCUGGCCGGACUGUCGGAGCGAUACUCUCAGAAGUGUUUGGACUUGAACCGCGCUGAGCAGAACAACGCAGAGAGAGAGAGGGAGAUCAGCCGCAAAGAGAGGGACAUGGAGCAGCUGAGGAAGAGAACCAGAAAGCUAACAUGCUGCAGCUCUUUGUUGUCUGUGGACUUGAAGGAUCGUUUGGCUAAAGAAAUCAGCCGUCAGCGAUCGACGGAUCAGAACUCAGAGGACAACAAAGACAGAGCGUCCUGUGAACUGGAGGUUCUUCUCAGAGUGAAAGAAAACGAGAUCGACUACUUACACAAAGAGAUCAGCUGUCUGAGGAACGAGCUGCAGUUUCUCAACACGGAGAAGCGGCUCGCCUGUCAGCGAUACUCGGACAUGCAGGACGAGCUGAGCGGGGUCAGAGGUCGCAGCGAGCGGGAGAUCCAGAGUCUGAAGGAGCACUUGAGGCUGGCGUUGACCGCUCUGCACGAGGGCCAGAAACUGGGAAACAGCCUGGACCACUGACGCCCGGCUGCAGGUGACAGGUGACGACCACGCAGACAGAAUCAACGACCUCAGGUGUGAUUCUGUCGGAGCGUCCGUACCGUCCACGAGAGACACAGCGCAACGCUUUUAACCCCGACACGCCAUUUCUAUUUCCCUCUCUGUCGCUCGAGGAGACGAGGGAGGCAGGAGGGCGAGCUACGAUACACUGACCCUCUCUCUCCUCCCUCUGCAGCGCUCGUUAGCUCGUUAGCUCGUUAGCUCGUUAGCUCGUUUUAAGUGGAGAUUACGGAGCAUUAAUAAUAUCCACAUCAUGAUUGACAUGUUGACCUUUGACCUUUGACCUUUGACCUGUGUCAACACCGGAGAAAAACUUUAUCCUACCCAACGCAAUCCGUUUAUUGACAGCUCGUCAACACAAAGCACCACACUUCAGUUUGUCCACCUUCAAAAUAAAAGCACCACACUUCAGUUUGUCCACCUUCAAAAUAAAAG